UUCAAACGUACGGUCGUAGAUUUUGUCAAAUCUGCGGCACUGAAGCCUUUUUGGCGACACAGGUGAGAUGGUGCAAAUCUUGAAGCCUGAAGAGGCUUUGUUUGAUCUUGGAGAUGGAAGUCUCGCGUUCGCCAAGCGAGCUGCAGAUUCUGCAGACGACUGGGCGGCUGCUUACAGGCUCCAGAGGCGCUUCUAGAUCUGGAGAAGAGGCUCUCCACCGGACCUUGUCCAUGCCAACAUUUCCUAGCAGCGGUCGUCGUCAUGACUUUGCAUUGCGGGAACGACUAGAUGAUCUCGAGGUUUCCUCCGUUCCGAAGGACAUGCUUUUGGAGACAGAAUUUGAAGAUCGGCUGCGAUGCUUGGAGUCACUGUUCAAGAAGGGCACGGCUCCGUUCCUGUACACCUCUCCACCAAGCACUGGUGGGCGUGCCACUGGCCGGCUGAGCACAUCGCAAGGCUCUCUAGCUUCGCGCUGCUCCACAGGCCGGACGCUGAAAACACCUUCAGCCAUGGCCUUCUGAGCACCAAAGCCCAUGGCCCAAAGUGGAAUGGCGGAAGAUGUUUUAGCUAGGGGGAAAUAACU